AUGCCCGGUGCGUUUAGCUCUGGGGGUAUUAAGCCUCCUAUCCAUGAACAAAUAACGGAGCUACAGCGGAAAAUCCAGCUACUUGAGGGAGACAGAACAGCAUACUAUGAGAGUUCUCAGUCAGCGAUUAAAAAGAACAGAGAAACCAUUCAACAGCUGCGUCAAGAAAACAAAAAACUGCACAAGAAAUUGGCAGACGGUGAUGAGGACAUUAUUAAAGAUGCUUUUCAAAGUCAUGGACAAGAGAGAGGAGCAUUCCGGAAGAUGUCUGCGAAGACAGCACUUAGAGUACUGGAUCAAAAAGUCUGUGACAAGGCGAAGAAACUAAAUGCCUUAAAACACACCACCCAAACUUACAAGAGACGUUUGGAGGAUCUUCGACUGCAGUACAAAAGUAUGAAGCAUAAGAACAAAGGCCCGUCUCUGCCUGUGAAACAAAGAGAGGAGGAAGCAAAGAACUUGCGCGCGCUGGAGAACAGGCUAGAGAAAGCCCAGCUGAAAUGUCAGGAGGCUGAACACAUAAUGAGAGGAUACCAGAAACUGAAAGCUCACUUACAGGAGGAGAGCUUGACGUACCAGACCCAGCUGGAUGAACUGGAGGCUGAGAUCCUGAGGCAAAGGCAGGAGCUGAAAGACCUUCAGAUCAUGAGCAGUGACGCACAGCUCUCCAAGGAUGCCGCUAGGGCUGAGCUCCAGCGUCAGGAGGAAAGGUUGUACAGAGAACGCAGAGAGAGGGAACGCGUUCUCAAUCGUUAUAAGAAACUGGCGGAGGAGCGUAAAGCCCAGGCAGAGAGAUUAGAGAGAAGGGCUCAGCGUGCGACCAUGCACCCAGACGAGCUGAGCAGCGAGGCCCAGCGCAGUACCACCGCAGUGGGGGAGGAAGAGAAGGCCAUCUCCUCUUUUGAGGAAGCCUUCCGUCGCAUUAAAGAAGCCACCGGGGUCACUGACACCCAGGAAGUGGUAGAUAGAUUCAUCUCUCAGGGAGACACACAGAAGCAUCUGGAGGAGAUGAAAGAGGAGAACAUGAGAAUAUUGCUUCAGCUGAAAGAGGAGAGAGACAGACUGCAGGUGCAGUUUGAGGAAAUGAAGUACUCUGGAGAGAGUAAACUGUCCAGCAGGCAACAGAUGCUUGAUGAAUGCAGGUGUCAUCUGAAGCGGGAGCAGCAGCGUUGUGAUGAAGCUAAAGAGCGGCUGGACUGGUUGACCCGCACACUCAACACAGUGCGCGCAGGAGUGGAGCAUCUCUGUGACAAACUGCAGCACAUCUCACUGGCUGGCGGCCCCGUGCCCCAGCUGCCCGCUGACUCCGAGGAGUAUGUGGUGGAGCUUCUCUCCCAGUCAGAGAGGAAGUUGAUGCUGAUACACGAGGAACUGCGGGGCAAAGACCUGGCGACUCUAACGAAGGAGAUGGAGGAUGAGGAGUAUCACACCAGCAUUGAGGGCAAGCUGCCCAACUACAACACCCGAAUUCAGCUUCCUGAGGCUCAAAGACUGGACCCCUAUGAUGACGAGGAGGAGAGCGGAGACGACGAGAGUGACAUCAUCACGCGGGCGACCCUCAAACGCCAGUCCCAACUCAUCAUCGACUCCAAGACCAAAAGGAAAACUCGCACCAAAAAGAAGAAGGGCAAACUUUGA